AUGGCGGAAGACGACGAGAAUAUGAGCGAAGAGCUCAACAACGAAGACGCCGAAACCGAGCAAAAGGUGAUCAACGAAGAAUACAAGACCUGGAAGAAAAAUGCACCAUUCCUUUAUGACAUGAUUCUCAGUACGGCCCUUGACUGGCCUACCCUCACCACGCAAUGGUUUCCAGAUGUCUCCGAGGUGCCGGGCACAAACUACUCAAAGCACCGCCUUUUGAUCGGCACCCACACAGCGGAGGGCCAGCCCAACUAUCUCGAGAUUGCCAACGUCCAACUGCCAAACCCCAGGAAGCCUGACGUGAAAGACUACAAUGAAGAGACGGGAGAGAUCGGUGGAUAUGGUGGAGGCCCCUCCGGCAAAAAUCAGAUUGAAGUCAAAUUCCACAUCGUCCAAAAGAUUGAUCAUCCGGGUGAGGUCAACAAGGCUCGGUACCAGCCUCAGAACCCCAAUAUCAUCGCCACCAUGUGUACGGACGGACGGGUCAUGAUUUGGGACAAAUCCAAGUUUACCAGUACACCGACCGGAAUGCCAAACCCUACCAUAGAGCUGAGCGGACACGAAAGAGAGGGAUACGGACUGAGCUGGAAUCCUCGUGAAGCCGGUCAAUUGGCCACGGCGAGCGAAGACUCCACGGUCAGAUUAUGGGACGUCACACGAGCAUCCAAGACAAAUAAGCUGGUGAAGGAGUCUCGUAAAUACACCCACCACGACGGCAUUGUCAAUGAUGUUCAAUAUCACCCAAACCUACCACACCUGCUGGGAACCGUAUCGGACGAUUUAACGAUGCAGCUUCUGGACCUGAGACAACCUGACACGACCAGAGCAGCAGCCAAAGGAGAGAAUCAACAUCGAGACGCAAUCAACGCCAUUGCUUUCAACUUGGCGGUAGAAACUGUGGUCGCAACCGGCAGUGCCGAUAAAACGAUUGCCAUCUGGGACUUACGAAACCUCCGGGACAAGUUGCAUGUCCUUGAAGGCCAUAACGACAGCGUGACGACUCUGGAAUGGCACCCGUUUGAGGAAUCAGUCCUUGCCUCAAGUAGCUAUGAUCGACGCAUCAUGUUCUGGGACUUGGCCAAAGUCGGCGAAGAACAAGCGCCCGAAGACAGCGAAGAUGGACCUCCAGAGCUUCUCUUCAUGCACGGCGGACAUACCAACCGUAUCAGCGACUUUUCGUGGAACAAGAAUAAUCCAUGGGUGGUAUGCAGCGCGGCAGAUGACAAUUUGAUCCAAGUAUGGAAGGUCGCAGAGGCCAUUGUUGGACCUGAUGAUGAAGAUGUGCCUAUGAAUGAGCUGGAGGGUUAG